AUGGACUUUGAAGAACGCCCAAAUAGUGAGAUCGCCAUCAUCACAUUCCUCCCUGGUGAGACGGAAAAGCCUUGUAUCCUUGAGCUGCUGGAGGAUGUACUGUAUGAGGAGGUAGAGGAGCUCCGCCUGGUUCUCGGCACUCCACAAAGCAACUCUCCCUUUGGGGCUACAGUUGGUGAACAAAAUGAAACUCUGAUAAGGAUCCGAGAUGAUGCUGAUAAGACAAUUAUUAAAUUUGGAGAAACCAAAUUUAGCGUCAGUGAACCCAGAGAACCAGGACAGUCGGUGGUUAGAAAAAUUCCCGUGAUUCGCCAAGGAGACACCUCAAAGGUUUCCAUCGUGAGAGUCCACACCAAGGAUGGCUCAGCCACUUCUGGAGAAGACUAUCACCCUGUGUCGGAAGAAAUUGAAUUUAAGGAGGGAGAAACCCAGCACGUUGUUGAAACUGAAGUAAUGUUUGAUGGGAUAAGAGAGAUGAGAGAGUCCUUCACUGUUCACCUAAAACCCGAUGAAAAUAUGAUAGCAGAGACACAGAUGACCAAAGCCAUUGUGUAUAUAGAAGAAAUGAACAGCAUGGCAGAUGUCACUUCUCCUUCUGUCCCUCAAAUUGUGUCCUUACUGAUGUAUGAUGACACUUCCAGAGCUAAAGAGAGUGCUGGACCUGUGUCUGGCUAUCCUGUCGUCUGUAUCACAGCUUGCAACCCUAAAUAUUCAGACUAUGACAAAACAGGCUCUAUUUGUGCAAGUGAGAACAUCAAUGACACAUCGACGCGGUACCGAUGGCUGAUUAGUGCACCCGCUGGCCCUGAUGGUGUGACCAGCCCCAUGAGAGAAGUGGACUUUGACACCUUUUUUACGUCAUCCAAGAUGAUCACUUUAGACUCCAUAUACUUUCAGCCUGGCUCCAGGGUGCAGUGUGUGGCUCGUGCCGUGAAUGCCAAUGGCAAUGAGGGCCUGGAGCUGAUGAGUCCUAUUGUAACCAUUGGCAAAGAAGAAGGUCUUUGUCAGCCCCGGGUGCCAGGGAUAGUGGGAGCAGAGCCAUUCUCAGCUAAAUUGCGCUACACGGGCCCCGAGGACCCAGACUACGCAAACCUUAUCAAGCUCACUGUCACGAUGCCACACAUAGACGGCAUGCUCCCUGUGAUCUCCACCAAAGAGCUUUCCAACUUUGAGCUCACCCUCAGGCCCGAUGGCACGAGGGUUGGAAACCACAAGUGCUCCAACCUCCUGGAUUAUACUGAAGUGAAGACCCACCACGGUUUCUUGACUGAUGCUACAAAAAAUCCAGAAAUAGUUGGAGAGAUGUAUCCUUACCAGUACAGCUCAUCUAUCAGAGGUUCCAAUACCUUACGCUUCUACCGAAACCUGAACUUAGAGGCCUGCUUAUGGGAGUUUGUUAGCUGCUAUGACAUGUCGGAACUUCUUACUGACUGUGGAGGCACCAUUGGAACAGAUGGGCAGGUAUGGAUUUUUAACAUCUGAACUUUGGUCACUGGAUAAACUAGUUGGUUUUGUUCAGUUACAUAGAUGUGGACUAAAUCUCAACUCCAGUCUUCCAUCUUGGUGAUAUAGGUCAUUAGGUACAAGAGGGACUAGAAAAUUGGCAUGACUGGUGUGAAAAAUCCAUGUCUAUUUCUGGAACAAUGUGUCAAAAGCAUAUGUAUUUUUUAGCAAUGCUCCAAAUCUAUUCUGAUAUUAUAAAAAUCGAAACACCAAUUACUCUUGAAAGUAUACAUUAUCAUUUCUUAUGUAUAUAGAUGCCUGUGAUAUCUCAUAAACCAUCUAAAAUGAGGAUUUACAAUCCUCAGGGUCAGUCUAGUUUUUCUCCCUCCUUACUAUCUUUCUUCUUCCUCUACCUUCUAUUUUUCUCCUUCUAUCCUCAUUUCUCCUCUCUUUUCUUUCUAGUUUUCUCCCCUUUUCCUCCCUCUCUUUCAUUUCUUCAUCACUAACAUGGUCUAAAGUGUUUUCCUUAAAAGCUUAUUGUUAU